CACAAUUUUAAGUGCCCUUCCCAAACAAGUUAAGGGAACUCAUGAGUGUGUGGAUCCUAAGUUAUUUCAAAUAUAAUCGUCGUCCAAAGCCCCACGCUGGAGUUUUGACCCCUAAUAAUAGUUAUAUGUUGUGCCUUUUUCAGGAUAACUUACUUGUCCUAACGUUAUUUAAGAGCCGGAUCACUGCACAGCUGUUCCUCUCGCAGAAUGAGUCUGGGGGAGAUCAAUGAGAAUGUGAAGCUGGCUCGAGAAUAUGCGCUGCUGGGGAACUACAGCUCCGCAGUGGUCUGUUAUCAGGGGGUCCUGGAACAGAUCAAAAAGUACCUCUACUCAGUCAGAGACUCCUCUCUACAGCAGAAAUGGCAGCAGGUUUGGCAGGAGAUAAAUGAAGAGACAAAACAAGUUCGGGAGAUCAUGGCAACACUUGAGAGCUUCCAGCUGGAGUCGACCCCAUCCAAACCCAGCAGCUUUGGCCAGGAGAAUGACAUCAUGCCAGUUCACGUGGAGCACAGGCAAUCUCCAUGUGUAGUUCGCAAAUCCUCUGGGCCGCACAAAGACGGCAAGGGCCAUGGAAACAGAUUGAGCGCCGGCCCUCGCGGCCAGCCACGACCCUCACCGCGCGUCACCAAUGGGGACAAGGGAAAACCUCAGAGAGGCAAAGAAAAGAAAGAGAACCCGUCCAAGCCAAAAGAUGACAAGAACAAAGUGGAGAGUGUGGAGACGGAGGUGAAGAGGUUUGACAGAGGAGGAGAAGACAAAGACCUGAUUGAUGUUCUGGAGAGAGACAUCAUCUCCCAAAACCCCAAUGUCACAUGGGAUGACAUUGCUGACCUGGAGGAGGCCAAGAAGCUGUUGAAGGAAGCAGUGGUUCUACCCAUGUGGAUGCCUGAAUUCUUUAAAGGAAUAAGACGCCCGUGGAAAGGAGUGUUGAUGGUGGGGCCUCCAGGCACAGGAAAGACAUUGCUGGCAAAAGCUGUUGCCACUGAAUGCCGAACCACAUUUUUUAAUGUGUCCUCCUCCACCCUCACCUCCAAAUACAGAGGAGAGUCUGAAAAACUUGUACGGCUGCUGUUUGAGAUGGCACGAUUUUAUGCCCCCACCACCAUCUUCAUCGACGAGAUAGACUCCAUAUGUAGCCGCAGAGGAACCUCAGAAGAACAUGAAGCCAGCAGACGUGUCAAAGCUGAACUACUCGUCCAAAUGGAUGGUGUUGGAGGGACGUCUGAAUAUGACCCUUCAAAAAUGGUUAUGGUUCUUGCAGCCACCAACUUCCCUUGGGACAUUGAUGAAGCUCUGAGACGGAGACUAGAGAAGAGAAUUUAUAUCCCACUGCCCUCAGCUAAAGGCAGAGUGGAGUUACUCAAGAUUAGUCUGAAGGAGCUUGAGUUGGCCAAUGAUGUCAACAUGGACAAGAUCGCUGAGCAGUUGGAGGGGUACUCUGGUGCUGACAUCACCAACGUUUGCAGAGAUGCAUCCCUGAUGGCAAUGAGAAGGCGGAUUGAGGGUUUGACCCCUGAGGAGAUACGGAACUUAUCAAAAGAUGACAUGCACAUGCCCACUACAAUGGAGGACUUUGAGGCGGCACUGAAGAAAGUUUCCAGGUCUGUAUCUGCUGCUGAUAUAGAGAAAUACAAGCAGUGGAUAACGGAGUUUGGCUCCUGUUGAUUACACCAAAGAUUAUGCCUUUUUUUUUCACAAUCGCUGUUAGCACUUUGAAAGACUGAAGACUAGUUUCAUUAAAUCUCAGUGCAUUUCCAUUCUGGACCAGACUAAAUUUAAAGAGCUUAGAUAAAUCUGGCUAUAAAUGAAGUGUGUUUGUAUGACUGUAUAGAUUAAUAGUUUAAUAUUUAUUAGUAAUAGGUUGGAUUUAACAUGUACACGACUUUCAGAGCUGGUUACUUGGAUACAGGUUAUAUUCACUUAUGUUAAAAUUAAUUUGUAAGGAUAAAGGCAGAACUAAUAUCCAGGAAAUCCAAAUUAGUUUUAGUGCUCUUAUUACAAGCUCUAUUGUAGUAGUACAGUACUGAGGUUGUGAGCAUGUUUUUAUUUGCUUGAUUUGUCUGUUCCUGUAAAAUCACUGCCACUGACCAAAGACCAGCUUCGCUCUCCAAAUGCUCCAUUAAAUGAAGAGUUAAUGAAUUGCUGCUGUGCCACUAUGGUUGAUUUAAAGGCCAAAGUUUCCAGAGUUGGACAAUUGUCUUAAGCGACCAGUGUCUUAAAGGUGUGUUCAGAGCUUGACUUUUAUGAACACUAUAGAGAACCAGUUUCUGGUUUAUUUCAUUAGUAACAUUCCAUUGACAUGAUCAAUUUGAAAAAUUAUAUAUUUUGUUGAAUAAAUAUUUUUUAAAUUUGAA